GAGCCAACCGCAGUCCUGUCUGUCUUCCCAAAGGUUGAGAGGGUGAAGGAAGGAUGCGUUAAACGUGCGUUCUAGAGAGAGAAAAUAAAACAAACAAGUCAUUCUCUCUCUAUUCUCUUCUGUAACUCUCUUUCUGCUCUCAGAUCUUGCAAAACCCCUUUUCUUCAUUACUAAAUCCCUUAUUCUCUUCUCUUAAAGAUUCUUUUCUCUUUCUUUCUCACUUCUUUUUCUUUCCUUUUUCCGUUUGUUUCCCGGGAAAAUCUCCAACCGCAACCUCUUCUUCGAUCUUUCCCGCUCCCUCCAAUCGCUUCUUGCUCCGUUUUUCCCCUCCCGCAUUUCACCUCACUCGCAUUUUCCGCCUCGUACGGCAUCGCUGUCCACAGUGCAAUUAUUUUCCGGGAAAGUGGGGGGUUUUCCUGGAAAACAGAGCAUUCUCCCGAUGACAAUACCGUUGCUGUGAAAAGGUGAAGAAAAUGGAUGAUAGAGGCGGUUCCUUCGUCGCUGUGAGAAGAAUUUCGCAGGGUCUUGAUCGAAGCAACACGUGCCAUUCAAGUUCCGCUGAGUUUGUGACAGGAUCAACAGCAUGGCUUGGCAGAGGUCUGUCCUGUGUCUGUGCACAGAGAAGAGAAAGUGAUGCCCGACCCUCUUUUGAUUUAACUCCAGCCCAGGAGGAGUGCUUGCAGAGACUACAAAAUCGCAUUGAUAUUCCAUACGAUGGUUCUGUCCCUGAGCACCAGGAUGCCCUAAGAGAUUUAUGGAAUGCAGCAUUUCCCGAAGAAGAACUCCAUGGUUUGAUUUCUGAGCAGUGGAAGGACAUGGGCUGGCAAGGGAAGGAUCCAUCAACAGAUUUUAGGGGUGGUGGUUUCAUAUCAUUGGAGAAUUUGUUGUUUUUUGCUAGGAAUUUCCCGAAAUCCUUUCAAGAUCUUUUACGGAAGCAGGAAGGAGAUCGGUCAGUGUGGGAAUAUCCAUUUGCUGUUGCUGGUGUUAACAUCACAUUCAUGCUUAUUCAGAUGCUGGAUCUUGAAGCAGUCAAACCUCGGACACUGGUGGGAGCAACUUUCCUAAAAUUUCUUGCAGAAAAUGAUUCAGCUUUUGAUCUUCUCUAUUGCAUAACAUUCAAGAUGAUGGAUCAACAAUGGCUUUCUAUGCGUGCUUCAUACAUGGAUUUUAAUACAGUAAUGAAAUCUACACGCCGUCAGCUGGAGAAAGAGCUUCUACUUGAAGACAUAAUGCGGCUAGAAGAUGUACCCUCAUACAAACUUCUCACACGAUAGUUGUCCGUGCUUACUCCGAGUCUACUAGUUUUAACCAGAAGGUUUUACUUGAUGUGAUGCUACUCUUAUAAUUACGAUUCCUUCCAAUUCGGCUUUUAACCUUCUAACAAGACUGAGGCGAGCCUAAGUAUGAUAUCAUCAAGGUUCUGGAGGCAGCAGUUGAGCUUUUAAUCUAGUUGGAGGAAAACAUUGUGGGUGGGACAAACUGCCAGGGGAGUCUGAAAAGUAGGUUUGCUUGGUACCAAAAAAGAUUAGAUUGUAAUGAAUUGUGGUUUGCCUAUAUAUUUCCUCAAUGUCCAUCAAUGGGCAAAUAUAGCUUGCAGUAUUGUAAUUCAGGCAGUUUGUACCCUUUUUUCUGGUCUACAGGCAGAGGUGUACCUAAGUAGGUAGAUUCUGCCUUGGGCCUUGUUUGUGGAGGAAUUGAUAUGCUGCAUAUUUUUGUUUGAGUAAGACUUUAACGUUUGAGUUGAUGAAUAGUACCUUAACUAUUGCUUAUGGCUUAAA